CGGUCCUGCAGGAGCCGCCGCCGGUGCGUCCGCGCUGCGGGCCGGCCGAGGAGGGGCGCGCACGGACGCACGGACGCACGGACGCCGGCGCCCGCCCGGGAGCAUGUGGAAGCUGGGCCGGAGCCGGGUGCUCCUGGACGAGCCCCCCGAGGAGGAGGAUGGCCUGCGGGCGGGGCCGCCGCCCUCCGUCGCCCCCGCCGCCGCCGCCGCCGCCGCAGCGCAGGUCCAGGGAGCGAGUUUCCGAGGCUGGAAAGAAGUGACUUCGCUGUUUAACAAGGAUGACGAGCAGCACCUGCUGGAAGGAUGUAAAUCCCCCAAGUCCAGAGGAACUAACUUACGAUUAAAAGAAGACUUGAAGACGGAGAAGAAGUCUGGAUUUUGGGACAAUUUGGUUUUGAAACAGAACACACAGUCUAAGAAACCAGAUGAGAUCGAAGGUUGGGAGCCUCCAAAACUUGCUCUUGAAGACGUGGCAGCCGACUUGGGCGACCCCAUGAGUGACCGUCUGUCUGGGCCGGGCUGGGAGGAGGACGCCAGGGGCUCCACCAAGUACACCAGCCUGGCCGGCGCCGGGAACAGCUCGCGCUGGAGCCUCAGGUCAGCGGGGAAGCUGGUCAGCAUCCGUCGGCAGAGCAGAGGCCACCUGACGGACGAGUGGGAGGAGCUGGAGUGACAGCCCCACUCCUGCGAGUUCACAAACCAAGAUCUGCCUGAUUUUGCACCUUUGUAUCUCAUUUCAUUCAGAUUCCUAGAGUUUGCUGUAUCACGGUGUUUUUUUAGUAGAGUACCAAGUUUGGUCUUUCCCAGAUGAAAAGUGCAGAGAAUCUGCCCUGUGCCGUUUUAUUUGGACUCUCCUCUUCAAAUGCUUACUUAGGAAAUUCCUCGGUGGACAUGAACAGGGACCGCACAUCGACUGCCUUAUGUGGAAACGUCCUCCUGUCGUCCACGUGUUGCUGAGACUGGAGACGUGAGGUUUGCUGCUGUCCGGGAGGAGCGCAGUGGUAACUUGCAUUUUGCCACAAAACCGUCUUCCUGUGUCCUCCGUUGCAGUUCUUUGUUCCGUGACUUGAUCCCUUUCUCUGCAUGUAGCACAUACGUGUAGUCUAUGACACAAGAAUGUAGCAGCUGCGCAGUUCUCUUCUGUUGCCAGAAACCUGCAAUCAGGUGUAAAAUGAAUCUUCCAAAGGUCGUGUUACAUUGUGUUAACUCUUCUUUUGUACUAAAUUUUAAAAUAUGCAAGCAGAAUAAACCCUGGAGAAGCGAAGGCUGUACCUGAUCAGCGUGAAUGCACCGUCUGCAAACGCAUCUUCAUCUCCAGCCUCCCUCCUGUAAGCGCAUUAGAUGGUGACAGUGGUUCUUAUCUUGAGGUUUUAUUUUUACUUCUCCUGAACUUUUAAAUAUUGAUCUUAUUUUCUUCUAAAACUUUGUUGUUUUUGAUUGCAGAUUAGAGAAUGCUAUAAAGCAUGGAUCAGCUUUAGUAACAAUAGUUUUGUUUGGAAACUAGUAACUCGCUCGUUAAGAGUUAAAACUGUACGUAAAAUGAUGAAAGUGCCUCUCUUCUCUAACACCCAGGGUUUUGUUUUUCCAAGUGAGAGACUGGCUGGUUUGGGCACGUCACUGAGGCGUCUCGUGUGUCUCCAGACUUGCUUUCUGCCUCCCUGACAGACUGGCCCCUUGGUCGGGCACCCGUGCACGUGUGUCCUCAGCAGGACAGCUCUGACCCACAGGAGUGCGUGUCUAUCUCAGGUCACGGUGGCUUCACAGAGAAGGUAUAGGGGUUUUUUGGUUAAAAACAAAAAGCUCCAGUUACACUGUGCAUUCCUCUCUUUAAAAGCCACUGUCCUCAGUGUUCAGUUCUGUGCUGUUCCACGUAAGGGGGUGUCAUUUAGCGUUUCUGUGGCCUCUGGGGGGUGACAGCGUCUGCCUGUCAUCUGUCAUUUCUCAAUCAGUCAUCUGUCUACACUCUGUCAUCUCCAGCCAUCUAUGUACAAUGUAUACCUGUCCUCUAACCAUCUCUGUCUACGUAGCGUCCACCAGUCAUCUAUGUCCAUCUUUUUCUAAGAGACAAGAAGUUUACUUCACUGAGCCUUGAAAGGGGGACAUGGAAGUGGUGGCAAAAUCCAGUUUGCAUUAGAACCUUGAAAUGGUUAAUACCAGAACUGAAAACCGUGUUUCUUCAGGUAAACAGUUCAGCGCAUAGACUGUAGUCCUUCUCCCCAAACAGACGCUUGCUGUGGCUGCAGACGAGCUCCAGACCGUCAUUUAUGCGAGGAUUUUAAAGCAGGAGCCGCGGGCUUGUCUUGGGCUAAUCCUGUGUUGAGGUGCAGGCACGCAGACCUCGUGUCCGAGGCUCUAGGCAGGGAGCUCAGCGUGGGGGUGGGGACAGCGUCCUCACCGUGGGGAGCCCGUGCCCGUGUGCUGCGACGCUCAGUGCCUGUGA